AUGAUUGGACAGGAUCAGUAUGUAACACGUGAAUAUCAACUCGGAGUAAUUGUUGUCCCUGCGUUGUUGGUCUCCCUCUCGGUGAUCAUAGUAUUGAUCAUCUUUAUAUUGCUGUGCUGCAAUAAGCACGAACGGACACAAGUCAGAAACCCCAGACAAUACAAUCCCAACCAGCACACCACAAACCACAGACACACACUUCGAAACAACCACCAUCAAAACCGUCACCCCAACCACCACAGACAUCACUUGCAUGGAAUAGAUGCACCGCCCGGAAUCGACCCUCUUGAACAUGAAGAAGUGCCAAUGACAAUCCAAAACACACAUAACAAUGUGAAGCCAACUCUGGCUGCAGCACGUCAUGCAUCCCCAGAGAGGCAUGCAACGGCAGCACGGCAUGCAGCUAGAGAUAGGCAUGGCGCUGCAGCAAGACAUGGCUCUCCAGAGAGGACUGUGGCUCCAUCACCACAGACAUCCAGAGAGAGAAAUGUGGCAGCAACAACACAUACGCCCACAACAGUUCCUCUGGGAAACUUUAGACAUGUCACCGCAUUGACGCCGUCUUUCUCCAUCAGACCUAAUGAAACAAUAAGUCUUUACAGAGCCCGGAUGGACAACAGGGACGUCGUCCUUAGAACGCUAAAAGAAAAUGCAAGCAACAGUGAAAAACAGCACUUUCUAGGGUUUGCAUCUUUCCUGGGGAGACUGGGCCCUCACCCUUUCAUCCCUGCCCUGCUGGGUGUGGUUUCAGUGAGGUCGCCUUUGGUGAUGGUGAUGGAGGAGCUGAGGAACAGAGACCUGCUGGGGUUUCUAUGGAGGUGCAGAGAGGACACUACAAGCCAUGGCAUCACAGAGAAGAGGAUCGUCAUCAUGGCCGGACAAGUGGCCUCUGCUCUGGAGUACCUACACAAUCAGGGCUGCAUCCAUGGGAAUAUUGGAGCUCGCAGCGUUCUGGUCGGGGGCGAUCUGACAGCCAAACUGUGGGGAUUGGGCUCAGCGUACCACAGGACCCAGGUGAACACUGCAGGGCUGGUGGAGGACGUGGAGCUGAAGAAAUGGGAGGCGCCGGAAGUUCUGGCCAGGAGAACAGCCAGUAACAGCAGUGAUGUGUGGUCCUUUGGUAUCCUCCUUUAUGAAAUGGUUACAUUGGGUGACCCACCGUUUGCUCAGAUCAUGUCGACUGAACUUCUGCAGUAUCUCCAGAGAGGAAAAACUCUGAAGCGACCGACAAACUGCUCCAAUGCAUUGUACUCAAUCAUAAAAUCCUGCUGCAACUGGAACCCCCAGGGGCGUCCGUCUGUGACAGACCUGAUCAGGAUACUUCAUGCAGGGGAGCGCUCAGCGAAUGAAAGCACGGCUCUCCGAGCGUCUGAGCCUCUGAACCUGGAGAAAUACACCAGGGAGGCCGGAUAUGGGGAGGCGUUCAACUUCGCCAUCUUCUGAAGGGCUGCAGUGUUCAUCACUGGAACCUGUUAGGGCCAACAAAGCACUAUGGACUAAUGCAAGGGCACAGAAAAAUAUGAAGAAUGCAAAUUAUCUUUUUUAUACAAAAGUUUUAUAUUUAUGUUUAAAAUUGUAACACUUGGUAUGAAGCACAAUCAUUUACUACAUGUAAUGUAACUUAUUUUUUGUAAAUAUGUAUAUUAUCUGGUAAAUAGUACUAUGGUUUUCUAGGCCUUAAUGAAAGACAUUUGUUAUAUUCCUGUAUUAAGGUCAGUGCUGUCAUCUGUUUUUAAGACAGACAAUUAAGUAUUGCUUUUAAUGUCUUAUUUCAGCUCACAUCACAGCAGCAAAUAAUGAGCAACAAUUUAUUAUUUUAUAUACAACCAGUAAAACUGAACUUUUCUGGGCGAUUUAGACAAAAUCUAUUCUGCGUUUAAUUAAUACAAGGUUAAAUCUUAGGAGAGAAGCGGCUGUCAUAUUUGAUUUUUCUUUAGAAGAAAUGCAAAAUAGUAUGUGGUCUCCAUGGUAACCAACUGCUGUGCGGGUUGACGGGUGUCUUUAGCGGUUUCAAAGUAAUGUUUACUACAGCGAUGGUCAUGGACGGUUCUAGACAGGGGCCAGUUUGCCUUAACGGCAUCCCGUUAAGGCCCCUGUUCUGAGGACAUAAGACUAAAUAAAUUUCUGAUGAUGAUAUGCACUGGCAUAGAGGCUGUAACUGAUUUGUUGUGUUUCAUUUUCCCCUUUACACUUUUAUU